AGCGCCUUUCCUACAGCUUUGCCCGCGCCGCCGUAGGGUAUAUCGUUGCGUUAGCAGUCGAUCGCCGAACCAGGAUUCGAAACUUGAACCCAGCACAUAUUUGCUAUCUACCUUGUAGUCUUAAGGUUUCUAGAUGAAAAAUUCUUUCUGCAUUUCUGAGCAAAUCGUGAAUACAGACAGACACCAUGUCCAGCGUAAUAUACACCUCGAACGACAGCGAUACCGAGAGAGCUUGUUGCACCCCUAGUUCAGACAGCUCUAGCCUCUCACAGCGUGAUCAAAAUAGCGACCAUAUGGCCAACACGGCACCAGGAUCGACAGGCCACACUACUACUCUGGGAGGACCCGGAGCAGACAUGUCACGCAAUGAGGACAUCGAAAUGACCACCGAACCAUCCAUGGACCUCGAGUCUAUCAUGACUGAGGCCGCCUUGGGAAAAUAUAGAAAGGCCAGUUUCCCCGAGGGCGAUCUGAUGCUGGUCGUAGGUAGCAACAAGAUCAGAACGUUCAAAACAAUUUCUAGUCUGCUGGCGUCCACAAGCCCCGUCUGGAAAGAUCGAGUCGCUUUAGCCAAGAAUCAAGGCUCGAGGUCCUUGCGCCUCCCGAAUGACGACCCGAAGACUAUGCUUCUAUUUCUCAAAAUCAUUCAUCUUCUCUUCUCAGAAUUGCCGAAAAAAAUCCCUUUCGAUCAAUUGUAUUCCCUGACUCGUUUCUGCGAUAGAUAUCAAGUCAGACACCUGUUCUUACCUUUCGUACCCAGAUGGUUUGCCCCCUUCAUUCGGGAUAACCUGAAUCCAGAACGGACAGAGUGGAUUUUCAUUGCAGCAGUCUGGGAUAUCGACUAUAUGCUCAACUCAUGGUUGAGCCACGUUUCUUGGAACGCAAGAAAAGAAAUCAAUGGUGAUCUCAGUUACGGUGGUCGCAAGGUGGCUGAUCUAUUGCCGGAUUACUGCCGGGAUGAUAUCUUGCAUGAAGUUGCUUGGAAACGAGUGGUUGCCCUGCAGGAGUUGACACGGGCCUGCGAGGAUGUUCUCAGAGGCAACUGUUGCCUUGAAGAGUCCCACGAAGAACAGUGCCAUAUGCUUACAACUGGUUACUUACUUACAGGACUUGAACGUCUUGGAGGAUGGCCAGUGGACCCAAAUACAACCUGUCUUUGCCCCGAAGAUGUCAGAUCGACGAUCCUUAAUUUGCUCUAUGAGCCCCUUCCAAUCGUCGUUGAGAAUGAGGGGGAGGAAGAUCACUCAUUCUGCGGCGUGUAUAAGCUCAAAUGCGAAGUCUCCGCAGUCAAUAGACAUAUGUGCUAUAUACUUCCGAAAGAUUCGACUAUCGGUUCCGCCUUCGCGCCAUAUUUGCCCUUCUGGCGCCGCUCUGGUUUCUGCGAGAGAGACUUCGAAAGCACUGAUAUAGACGGCAAGGAUGACCCCAGGUACAGACAGCCGCAUCGUGAGAAUACGGAGCCUCGUGAAGAGUACGAGUCGGAUAUGGAUACUGAAGACGAAAACUCGGACGAAUCUUCCGAUUCUGGCCUCGACUCAGAAUCUAGUUCCGGUUCUGGUUCUAGCUUUCUCUCAGAUUCUAGCGUUGAGGAUUCUGACUGGUAGUGACGCACAGGUUUCGCCAAAAUGGCUGGGAGUCCUUUCUUUUGUUGAAUCAACGACGGCAAAAAUCCGUUAUGUGACAGAGACGCUGUAUUUUCGCUGGAGGUGGUUGCAAGUGUAAUGCUUUAAUGGGUUUGCUUACGGUGCUUGCUGCUUCUAUUUUGUAUGUUCAGUUAUACCGUUCUUCGAAUCUAGAAGUGUAUUAUUUACUUCUGAUUUAGAACCAAAAAGAAAGAGAGAAAAAAAAGAACUUAUGGCUACACUCGGGCAGAAUCUACCAUCUUUCUCAGCCAAUCGAGAGGUGU